CCGAGCCUGAGUAGAGGGGCACAUGUGGACGGAGCGUGGAGCCGAAUGAGGGUCCCGGCUGGGGAGGGGCGUGGAGAGUCAGAGGUCAUGGACCGGCGCCCAGCCGCUUGGAUGCAGUUAGUUGAAGGCUUUUCGCUGUGCCGAGACGCCGUCUGGUGUGGCAUCUCGGGGGGCGGGGAUGCUCUCGUUCCUGAGCCUGACGGAGCCUCUAACUGCAGCUUUAGGGCUUUGGGGAGCCUGGGUCGAGUCCUGCGGGCAUCCCGUCCGCCCCCCUGCCUUCAUUCAGGGCUGGGCCUCGGAAGGGUUUUGCUCACCCCUUCCCUCUGCUUAUCUCGCCUGCCCCCAGGGACAUCUUGGGUGCAGACUACAGUCAAUAAGUGAAGGAGCCUCCUGAUCCUGGCCUGGAUACCAGCACUUACUAGAGUGGAGUUCACGUUGCACGUCUACCUGCAACACUGACGAGGAAGCUGGAAACUACACAACUGCAAAAUCUCCCAGCGCCAAAGCAGCCCCUGAACUGGUCUGGUUCCCCAGAGCUGGUGGGACAGAGAACGCCCCUCCCUAAGUCCAACCUGCCAAUGGAACUGACUCUUGAACUGUUCCCUCUCAGCAGAUGGGAUUCUCCUAGUUUGAUUGCCUACAAUGAACAUAUGUUACUUUUGUAAUCAGAAGAAAAAGGGCUUCCAAGGCGAGUCACGGAGUCCCUUUCGCCGGAAGCGGAAGUGCGUGUCGGCGGGAUCAUGGCGACGUUUGCGGACUUGCCGGACUCUGUCCUGUUGGAGAUCUUCUCUUACCUCCCGGUUCGGGACAGGAUCCGCAUCUCCAGGGUCUGUCACCGCUGGAAGAGGCUGGUGGACGACCGGUGGCUGUGGCGACAUGUCGACCUGACGCUCUACACGAUGCGGCCUAAAGUCAUGUGGCACCUCCUUCGCCGGUACAUGGCAUCCCGGCUCCAUUCCCUGCGGAUGGGCGGCUACCUGUUCUCGGGCUCCCAGGCUCCCCAGCUGUCCCCCGCCCUGAUGAGGGCCCUGGGCCAGAAGUGCCCCAACCUCAAGCGCCUCUGCCUGCACGUGGCCAACCUGAGCAUGGUGCCCAUCACCAGCCUCCCCUGCACCCUGAGGACCCUGGAGCUGCACAGCUGUGAGAUCUCCAUGGCCUGGCUCCUCAAAGAGCAGGACCCCACCGUGCUGCCCCUGCUCGAGUGCAUCGUGCUGGACCGCGUCCCCGCCUUCCGCGACGAGCACCUGCAGGGCCUGACGCGCUUCCGCGCGCUGCGCUCGCUGGUGCUGGGCGGCACCUACCGGGUGACCGAGACCGGGCUGGAUAUGGGCCUGCAGGAGCUGAGCUACCUGCAGAGGCUGGAGGUGCUGGGCUGCACCCUCUCGGCCGACAGCACCCUCCUGGCCGUCAGCCGCCACCUCCGAGAUGUGCGGAAGAUCCGGCUGACCGUGAGGGGCCUCUCGGCCCCUGGCCUGUCGGUCCUGGAGGGCAUGCCGGCCCUGGAGAGUCUGUGCCUGCUGGGGCCGCUCAUCACCCCAGAAAUGCCUUCCCCGCAUGAAAUCCUCUCUUCCUGCCUCACCAUGCCCAAGCUCAGGGUCCUUGAGCUGCAGGGGCUGGGCUGGGAGGGUCAGGAGGCGGAGAGGAUCCUGUCUAAGGGGCUACCCCACUGUAUGGUCAUUGUCAGGGCCUGCCCCAAAGAGUCCAUGGACUGGUGGAUGUGACCGUGCCAGCCGACCCUGAGACCCCUCUCAGCUUUUAUUAAUGAGUCCCAGACCCUCUGAGCAGCACCUUACCAUGGGCAGGUAAUCAGGCUGGAGAGGUAUGAAGGCCACAGGUAGGGAGAACCCAAGCCUUGGCUCCUUCAGAUCAUUGGAAUCAUGGUUUGCCAGCUGUGUGGCCUCUGUGACAUCAGCCAGCCUCUUGGAGGCCCUGUCCUCACCUCCAGAAAUGAGGAAGACCAUAGCUACCUCUCGGUUAUGUUGCAAAGCCUUACUCUUUACUACCAGCCCUGAGGUCCGAGAAGGUCCUCGAUGAAGAGCCAUUCUCAGGAACAGGACAGAUGUGGAAGGGUGGGUUAGGAGUUAGGGAGACCUGAGGGGCCAAGGCCCCUUAGGAAGCCUAGAAGGGCCGUCAACGCACGUGCACCAGCACACUGACACAUCAUUGACAUGCCGACACACCACUGACACGCCGACACACCAUUGAUAGUCCUACAUGCACGCAGGAGACACGGAGAGAAGGGCAGAUACAACUCAUGCUUUGAUGAUCGAAAUGUUAAUAAAGGUUCUCAGUUGUCCUUUCAGUAUUUUGUAUUCUGGAUUUUCCAAGUUUUCCACAAUAUAUAUUAUUUUGCUAUUAAAGAAAAAUCAUCAUGUUUUUCAAAAAAGCAUUUGGUUUAUUCAUUCAACAAAUGUGUCUUCAGCCUCCGCUCUUUUGCAAGCAUGGUUCUAGGCACUGGGACCACAGCAGUGAACAAAACACACAAGGAAGAAGGCAGGAUGAUAAACAGGUGAACACAUGCAUGGAACAGUUUCAGAGACUCUGAGACAAUAAACCAGGGCCACGUGAUGGAGGCACACGUGUUUGGUUGAGUGGGCAGGGUGGGCCUCUCUGAGCCGAGAGCUGAGAGGUGAGGAACCAGCCCCGGGAAGUGCUGGGGAAGACAGAAAAGGCAAAGACUUGAGAUGGGAGUGAGCUUGGCAAUUUCCAGGGAUGGGAAGAAGGUCCAAGUGGCCGAGGGAACAAGGGGUGAG